AAGGUUGCGUGAAAGUUGCACCUCGAUCGAGUGCGCGCAUGCGACUGGGCUGCUGCUGAUUUAUAACAAGCACAUCUAUACGCACUGAAAGUUACUUUUCACCUCAUAUUUAACUCACUUUCAUUCAAACCACAAUGACGUCAUACUGGUGGAUUGUCCUGCUGGGAAUUUUAAUGGUCACUGGAGUGAAGAUGCAAGAAGAUGGAGCUGAAGGUGAUGGAAAUACAGAAACGGCCACAGAAGAUACCGCACCAGCGGAAGAGAAGAAAUCUGAGGAUGAGCCAACACCAGCAGGUACAGAAGAUUCAUCGCAGGAUUCAGAUGACGCAUCACCUGAAGCGGCCGAUGGCGAUGGCGCAGCAGAUUCUCCUGCAGACACCGAGGAGAAAACUGAAGAAACACCUACAGAAACUCCAGAAACGGCCACAGAAGAUACCACACCAGGGCCAGAGAAGAAAUCUGAGGAUGAGCCAACACCAGCAGCUAAAGAGGAACCAGCUAAAGAAGGAGGAGGAGAAGACGACGUUCCUGCUACAACAGAAACGGAAACAGAUCUGCCUACUGAAAAAUCACCCACUGAGACCACUGAACCAGUAAUUAUUGCGGUUGAAGGAGCAGGUGACACAAAAAAUGAGGAACCAACAACAGUGCCAGCAGUUACACCUGAAGAUGAUGGAGUAACAGCAGAAGAUGAAAUUGAAGAUUCAGUCCAGCCAGUUGCAGGUGAAAGCAAAGUACGCAGCGCUGGAUCAGUUUCUGGGCCAAACGUUUCAGGCGGGGGAUCAGGUACAGUUAUUGGUGUCGUAUGUGGAGUUGCAGUCGCAGCUGUCGUCGCAAUAGUCGGUUACUUCACCUACCAGAAUAAGAAACUGUGCUUCAAAGCCCAAAGAGGUGACCCUGAGAGCGCCAGGGAAGAGAACGGCACACAGAGUGAUCCUCAGGUUUCAAGCAAUCUCUUGACUUCAUCUUAAUUCUGUGAGGACGUGAGAAGAGCAGUCUACAGGCUCCAGUGGUGUGGUUUACAUUAGAAAUGACAGAUCCUAAUGACACAUCUGAAGAGUUUCAAGAAUCUUCACAAACAAACAAACAAACAAACAAACAAACAAACAAACAAACAAACAAACAAACAAACAAACAAACAAACAAACAAACAAACAAACACACAAUGGGUUUUCAUCAUGAAUGUGCAGUAAAUAAUUUAAGUCUUCUGAUGAUUCUUCAGUUUCUCUCCUACACAUUAAAGCAGCAUUAAGUUAAUAAGAUGCUUUGACUACAGUCUUAACUCACAGGACUGAUAUUGAUUUGUUAUGAAUGUAAUUUUACAGCGUUUGAAUGGGAUCUGUCAGCUUUUGGAGAGUCGUGUUCAUUUCAUUUUAAAAUGUGUCAUUUAGUUUGACGUGUUUCUAAUGGUACAGUUUUGUCUGAAUCUAAUCUGAGGAUUCAUUUUGACAUUGUGCUGUCUGAUCAAACAAAAUUCACGGCUAUGUUUAUUUCUUUACUGAAUUUUGUAAAUACUUGAGUUUGAAUAAAGGGUUGCUUAUGUUUAAA